AUGCCGGGUAAGAAGAAGCAUGGAUCUUAUGACAUAAUAUCAGAGGAUCUCUACGACUGUCGUAUUCCGUUACACAAUGAACUCGCCUAUCAACAUGGCAUUCACUUUGAUGCUAAGUACGUAGGAAGUAUGGAAAUACCACGACCCGGUUCACGUAUCGAAAUUGUCGCUGCAAUGCGUCGAGUUCGGUACGAAUUCAAAGCACGAGGGAUAAAGAAACGUCCCGUUGAUAUUACCGUUUCUAUUGACGAAAAAUCAAAAGGAGGCAACUUGGGACGAGAGCAAACUUUUGGUGAUGUUUCAUCCUAUCCAUAG